CGCCUGGUGGCGCAAUGGUGCGGCUGGCUGGUACUAGGAAUCGCAGAAGAAGAAAACCCACAGCUGCUAACUAAAACGGUCCUACUUUAACGGCAGGGAUGUUACAGGCCACUUUGGUUGGUUGUUAAAUUGUUACUGACAACAUACUUCCCUGCUGAGCUGUACCAGGCUGCUGCCAGAUCCAGUGUAACAAACUAUGGAAGUGCUUUGAUAAAGGAAAUGCAGAUGGACCGACUGAAAAGGCCGUGAUUACAUGCGGAUCUCUGGACCAGCUGCGUCAGCAAUGUCUGCAAUCCCCCUUCUGCGAUGCACCAUCAGGCUGCAGUGGAAGCAUUUUGCCACACAUGCUGUGCAACAGAGAGCUCUGUCAGGGGCAGAGGCUGUAAAUGCUCUCAGGCCCUUUUAUUUUGCAGUCCACCCAGACUUCUUCGGAGGUGAAUGAAAACUCGCUAAAGAGGCUGAAUGGCUAUCUGGAAAACUUGCAGAAGCCCGGCUCACGUUCAGUUCAACCCAUGAAGCUCACCUUUUAUAUAAGGAACACAAAGUACAGCAGUAAGGUGCAGCCAGAACUCAUCAGCUCAGGCUUCCGCUCCGUAAGUUUUACUUUGCACACAAAUGAUGUUUUGAGCACAGUGAUGGAUGUUUUGACGAGCUGCAGCCUGCCUGUGGAGCACAUGAAGGGACUAACGGCGAGUAAAGCAGCAAGUAAAAGUCCCACUGAGACGGGGGAGCCUUUCUACAGAACCAUCAAAUGGGAUAAAAGCUAUUACACCUUCACUGGCUUCAAAGACCCCGAGCAGGAGCUGCAGCAGGCCCAGAGAGCCGAGCCUACGCUCAGUGUGUGGUUGAGAAACAACGAACCUGAAGCCUCAAAGAAACACAAUGCGAGUCUUCCUCGGAGAGAAGAACUGAAGAGACUGAAGAGGGAGCUGUGUCGCAGAUUUAAUCUGACCGAUAUCAGAUGGCAGCGCAGCUGGGGAGUCUCCCACAGGUACUGUCAGCUUCAAAGUCUGAGCCGCCUGUCUCACCAGAACCCCGAGGCUCUGAUCAACCUGCAAGGACAUACGGUUGUGUUUGCCGACCAGUCAGGGAUGAAUGCUUCUGGACACGUCAUGCUGGGAACCAUGGAUGUUCAUCAUCAGUGGACAAAACUUUUUGAGCAGCUGCCUGGUUAUCACAGCCUGCAGCAGCAGACACACUGGCUGAAGGAGAGGAUCAGCCUCCUCCUGGGUGGAACCCAAGUGGUGCACAUGGACAGACUGGGACCAGUUCAGCCCAUAGCUGAGCACUACAGUUCCCUAAACACCUUCCACAAACGUCUCAUGUCCCACCACCUUCGUCUGCACCCCAGGAGUCUGCAGGGCCUCACCAUGUUGCUGGAAAAUGACCGCUCCAACCCCAGUCUUCAUGAGAUGGGACACUUCGUUAUUCCCAUCAAAUGUGAUCUUCCUAUGCUACAGGUCUUCCUUCAGAACCAGGCCCCUGAAGCCCGACGGCGCAUCCAACGCAAAAACCAACUGCAGGCAGAGGAGGAGGCCGUGGUGAAGCUGUGUCUUGAGACUCUGUCUCUGAGGAGCUUGUCUAAGGAGCCCAGUGUCAGCCCUGCCCAGAUGAUUCAAUGCUGUGAAAGACUGUUGGAGCAGCGCUCCCCCCACAUGCAAGGCCUCCAGAUCUGUGUUUCUCACUUUUACUCUGUCAUGCAAGAUGGAGACCUGUGUGUCCCCUGGGACUGGAAGAGCUGACCUCCAGAUUUACACGUUUUUGUCGGUCCAUGUGUGACAACUACUUUUAGACAUUGAUACUGUUGAGCAGAAAAUAAGCACAUUUACCAGGACAUCACACAGACGUUUUUCUGCAAAUGCUUUGUCAAGGAAAUGUUCAGAGAACUUUAAGAGCACAAGUGAAGGAUACCUGUACAGCCUGCAAUGUUCACAUGCGACCGGGCUACACUUCAAAGUGAUGUGUGACAAACGUGUGACUUGUAGUGUAGACGUGGCUUAAAGCACAGAAUUGUCAAAGUUGUAAGUAUUUAUUGCAAUGAGUAUGAAAAGUGAUUUUUCACUUUGUAGAAAUGUGAAGUUUCACAGGAGUCCAAUAAAAACCUCUGUAUAUCCA